AUGAGCGAGUCAGCCACGUACCGCGUGUUCAUGGCCAAGUGGUCGAAGGUUGUGGGUAAGAAAUUAGUUGGCGACGAAGGUAUCAAGCACAUGUCUGGAAAAGAAUAUUGGGAGAUGAUGUCUGGAGAUGAUGAUAUCAAGGAGCAUACUAUGCAGUGCUGGUAG